UAACUCUGUGUUCGUUCUGUGCCCCUUAUCCUCUCAUCACCGGCUGGGUGUUAGGCCUCCUCCUCUAAAACCCUUCUUCUUCUUCUUCCUCCUCCUCCUCCUCCUCCUCUGAAUCAGAAAUGGCUUCCACUUCAGCCACUUCAAUUUUGAAACCCUUAUCCAAAGCAGAUUCUUGCCUCCUCUCCUUGCCCUCUGUAUUCACCUGCAGACCUCCGCACUCCUUCCUCUCUUUCCCCUCAAAACUCAUCCGCUUCCAUCUUUCUUCUUCUUCUCAUUCUUCGCCCUUUUCACUCUCUAAGAAGAAGCCCCACCCCUCGUCCUUGGUUUCCUUCGUAGCCCAGACCUCCGACUGGGCCCAAGAAGACGACACCAUCACCAUUGACCCCAAACUCGGCGGCGACGAAGAGGAAGAAGAUGAACAAGGGCCCCAUUGGGAGAAUCAGGAGCUCAGUGAGACUGAGUCUCGUAUUUCUGAUUGGGAAGGCGAGGCCGAAGAUGGAGGAAGCGAGGCCGAAGGGGAGGACGGUGAAGGCGGACUUCUCGAGGAGGAGGAAGAAGAAGAAGGCUCUUAUGAGGAACCAAAUGAAGACGCUAAGUUAUUUGUUGGGAAUUUGCCUUAUGAUGUCGAUAGUCAGAAAUUAGCCAUGAUCUUUGGGAAGGCCGGGACCGUGGAGAUUGCUGAGGUUAUUUACAACAGAGAAACAGAUCAGAGUCGUGGUUUCGGGUUUGUGACUAUGAGUACCGUUGAAGAAGCUGAGAAAGCUGUGGAUACCUUCAACCGUUACGAAUUAGAGGGAAGGCUGUUGACUGUUAAUAAGGCUGCCCCAAGAGGUGCGAGGCCAGAACGCACACCUCGAACAUUCCAGUCGUCUUUCAGAAUCUAUGUGGGUAAUCUUCCAUGGGAUGUAGAUAAUGCCCGCCUCGAGCAGGUUUUCAGCGAACACGGUAAAGUAGUAGAGGCUCGGGUUCUUUACGACCGGGACACUGGCCGUUCUCGUGGCUUUGGCUUUGUGACAAUGGCUGAUGAGACUGGAAUGAAUGAUGCCAUUGCUGCUCUGGAUGGACAGAGUCUAGAUGGAAGGGCAAUUAGAGUAAAUGUUGCAGAGGAAAGACCAAGGCGCAACUUCUGAAAGUGAAGCAAGAUGAAUGAAUAUCCAAAGACCGUUUCUCUCUUUGUUAACUUUUUUGUUUCCCAGAAGGUAUAGGUGAGUUUUGUAGUGCCAUUGUUUAGCCACCUUCUUAAAGUGUAAUUUGAUUGUCUUUUAUGCUUCUAAAUUUUCAAGUCUGUUAUUGAUUUGGAUGAUGUACGAGUUACAAAUUUCGCAACUUCCACAUCCCCUCUUCCAUUUUUCCUCCCUCCAUCUUCUUCAUUACACUCUUAUUUGGCCCAAUUGAAUGGAAUUUAUAAGCCAGACAGCACCAAAAAAUUCACAUUUAA